AAAAAUCUGACAGAAGAAAUGGCAACUCUGGAUGAGAAUAUCAGCAAACUUACUAAGGAGAAAAAGUCCUUGCAGGAAGCUCAUCAGCAAGUUCUGGAUGACCUGCAAGCAGAGGAGGACAAAGUCAACACGCUGAGCAAAGCUAAAGUGAAGCUGGAACAGCAAGUGGAUGAUCUUGAGGGCUCACUUGAACAAGAGAAGAAAGUGAGGAUGGAUCUGGAAAGGGCAAAACGCAAACUGGAAGGGGAUUUGAAGCUGACCCAAGAGAGUGUCAUGGACUUGGAGAAUGAUAAACUGCAGAUGGAAGAAAAGCUAAAAAAGAAAGAAUUUGAAAUGAGCCAGCUGAAUUCCAAGAUAGAAGAUGAACAAGCUAUAGUGAUGCAGCUGCAGAAGAAGAUCAAGGAGCUUCAGGCUCGUAUAGAAGAACUAGAAGAGGAGCUGGAAGCAGAAAGAGCUGCUCGAGCCAAGGUGGAAAAGCAGAGGUCGGAUUUGGCCCGAGAACUGGAGGAAUUAAGUGAGCGGCUUGAGGAGGCUGGGGGAGCCACAGCGGCCCAGCUGGAGAUGAACAAGAAGCGUGAGGCAGAGUUCCUGAAGCUGCGGCGGGACCUCGAAGAGGCCACGCUGCACUACGAGGCCACGGCUGCCACCCUGAGGAAGAAGCAUGCAGACAGUGUGGCUGAGAUGGGAGAGCAACUGGAUAACCUGCAGCGGGUCAAGCAGAAACUGGAAAAGGAGAAAAGCGAGCUGAAGAUGGAAGUGGAUGACCUGUCAUCCAACAUGGAGCAGAUGGUCAAGGGAAAAGCAAAUGCAGAGAAACUCUGUCGCACUUAUGAAGACCAUCUGAACGAGACGAAAACUAAACUGGAGGAAAUGACUCGCCUCAUGAAUGACCUCACUACUCAGAAGACAAAACUCCAGAGCGAGAAUGGUGAAUUUGUAAGACAGCUUGAAGAGAAAGAGUCACUGAUAAGUCAGUUGUCCCGGGGGAAGACAUCAUUUACACAACAGAUUGAAGAACUUAGGAGACAGCUAGAAGAAGAAACCAAGUCCAAAAAUGCCCUGGCUCAUGCCCUGCAAGCAGCUAGGCAUGACUGUGAUCUCUUGCGGGAGCAGUAUGAGGAGGAGCAAGAAGCCAAGGCAGAGCUGCAGCGGGCUCUCUCCAAGGGAAAUGCGGAAGUGGCACAGUGGAGAACGAAGUAUGAGACUGAUGCCAUUCAGAGAACUGAGGAGCUGGAAGAUGCCAAGAAAAAGCUUGCUGCUCGUCUGCAAGAAGCUGAGGAAGCAAUCGAGGCAGCCAAUGCCAAGUGCUCUUCUCUGGAAAAGACAAAGCACAGGCUGCAGAACGAGCUGGAAGACAUGAUGAUUGACCUGGAGAAGGCCAACUCAGCAGCUGCCUCCCUGGACAAGAAGCAGCGUGGGUUUGACAAGAUCAUCAAUGACUGGAAGCAGAAGUAUGAAGAGUCACAGGCUGAGCUGGAGGCUUCCCAGAAGGAGGCCCGUGGCCUCAGCACUGAGCUCUUCAAGCUGAAGAAUGCCUACGAGGAGACACUGGACCACCUGGAGACAUUGAAACGGGAAAACAAGAACCUCCAAGAGGAGAUUUCUGAUCUGACCAAUCAGAUCAGUGAAGGAAACAAGAGCCUCCAUGAAAUAGAAAAAAUCAAGAAGCAGGUUGAACAAGAGAAGUCAGAAGUUCAGCUGGCUCUGGAAGAAGCAGAGGGAGCUUUGGAGCACGAAGAAAGUAAGACCCUUCGUUUUCAGCUUGAACUCUCUCAGCUUAAAGCAGAGUUUGAAAGGAAACUGACAGAAAAGGAGGAAGAAAUGGAAAAUAUAAGGAGAAAUCAGCAACGCACCAUAGAUUCACUGCAGUCCACCCUUGAUUCUGAAGCCCGGAGCAGGAAGAAGAAGAUGGAAGGGGACCUCAAUGAGAUGGAAAUCCAGCUCAGCCAUGCUAACAGGCAUGCUGCAGAAGCAACAAAGUCAGCACGUGUCUUGCAGACGCAAAUAAAGGAGCUUCAGGUGCAACUGGAUGACUCCGGACACGUGAAUGAAGAUCUGAAGGAGCAGCUGGCGGUCUCUGACAGGAGGAACAAUCUUCUCCAGUCGGAGCUGGAUGAGCUGAGGGCUUUGCUGGACCAGACUGAACGGGCGAGGAAGCUGGCAGAGCACGAACUGCUGGAAGCCACUGAACGUGUGAACCUGCUUCACACUCAGAACACAAGCCUGAUCAACCAAAAGAAGAAGCUGGAGGGUGACAUUUCCCAGAUGCAGAAUGAAGUGGAGGAAUCGAUCCAGGAGUGCCGGAAUGCAGAGGAAAAAGCCAAGAAAGCCAUCACAGAUGCAGCAAUGAUGGCUGAGGAGCUUAAAAAGGAGCAGGAUACUAGUGCUCACUUGGAGAGAAUGAAGAAGAACAUGGAGCAAACCAUUAAAGACCUCCAGAAGCGACUGGAUGAAGCAGAACAAAUAGCCCUAAAAGGUGGAAAGAAGCAGAUCCAGAAACUGGAAUCCAGGGUUCGCGAGCUGGAGAAUGAACUUGAGACUGAACUCCGUCGCAAUUCGGACGCCCAAAAAGGAGCCCGCAAGUUUGAGAGACGCAUAAAAGAGCUGACUUACCAGUCAGAAGAAGAUAAGAAGAAUCUGGCCAGGAUGCAGGAUCUGAUUGACAAGCUACAAUUAAAAGUAAAGAGCUACAAGCACCAAGCAGAGGAAGCUGAAGCACAAGCCAAUCUCUACCUUUCGAAGUACAGAAAACAGCAACAUGACCUGGAUGAUGCUGAAGAGAGGGCUGAAAUAGCUGAAUCUCAAGUCAAUAAGUUGAGGAGCAAGUCAAGAGAUAUUGGCAUGAAAAAGGUUCAUGAAGAGGAAUAA